AUGGAAUGUCCAACACAUGAUAGGUCAUUUCCAUUACUCCGGUCUCUGGAGGCACCCUACAUCCAGGAGACAUCCAGACAAUCUGCGAAUAUGGACCCAGCUAAUCGUGUUCUUUUUCAGUAUUGGUAUGAUGGCGACGAUACCCAAAACAACCAUCUGAUCAAUACUCGCAGCAUUCUCUAUUGGGCGACGAAAUUGUGGAGCCAUCUGAUCAUAUCGUCCAACCGAGAGUUUUCGCUGAUUGGCCCCGGACUUCGCGCCUUAGUCUACUCCACUUUUCACCAACCCCCCAACCUGGAGGACCAGGAGACUGUGUUUGUCGGACCUCCACCCACUGACCAACCUAGACUCUGUGAGUGUCGUGCGGACACUUCCUCCCAACAUAACUCAGUGGGUCGCCGAGAUAUACACAUCGCCACACCACGUGAUGAUGAUGAUGAUGAUGAUGAUGAUGAUGAUGAUGAUGAUGAUUCGGAUGAUGAUGAUGAGGAGGAGGAGGAGGAGGAUGACGAUGAUUCGGAUGAUGAUGAUGAUGGCGAUGAUUAUUAUUAUUAUUAUUAUUAUUAUUAUUAUUCGGAUGAUGAUGAUGAUAUUCAUAGACAUUUGUUUUAA